GGCGGGUGAUGGAUGAGGCGGGAGAGUGAGUGUGGGAUCGUAUACUCACGUGGGCGUUUGGGUGUGGGCGAACGGGAGAGCAGACAGCGGGUUGUGUAUGAUGGAGGGCUGCUCUCUCAAUCCGUGCUCUCCCUCGGACGUCCCGAUGUGCCUCAAGCAACUCGAGGCGGCGGAGGAGCCGGCGUGCGAGCCGUCAUCCGAGAUGAUGCUGUCGUUGGUGGCGGCGGUAGAUCCGUUCGGCGCGCGCGCCGCCGAUGCUCAGCGAGCUGAUGCCGAGGGCCUGCCAGCGUACACGCCCGGGGACGUGUGGAUGGUCGACGAUGAGGUGCCGCGUGAAGACUCGGCAGCCGAGUUUGUUGAUCUGCUCUCGAAUCCCGAGCGGUUCACCGGGUACAAGGGCUUUGAGUCCCGGUCGAUCUGGGCGGCGAUCUACUCGGAAAACUGCUUUCUCGACGAAGACGACGAUGAGGACGACGAGGCUGAAGACCUCGACUACGAGGACCCGGUCUUUGGCGACUCUGGCCACGGCCCGCAUGCACAGCAGUGUCUCGAGAAGCGGGUCUUCUUCCGGCUCAUUUCGGGCCUGCACUCGUCUAUCACCUGCCACCUUGUCGAUGAGUACUUUUUCGAGGACUCGCAGACGUGGGGCCCCAACCUGGACAUGUUCAAGGCGCGGUUUGCGGCGCACCCGGAGCAUCUCGACAAUCUGUACUUUGCGUACAUGCUUGCGCUCCGCGCCUUUGACAAGGCUGCGCCGCUGCUCUCGGCCUAUCACUAUCGCACCGACAACGCGAGCGAGCAGGCUGCCGUUCGCAUCACCAUGGGCGAGCUAGUGGAGACGCUGCGCGGCGAGCUCACCGCCGCCCGCUGCGACGUCCCGUUUGACGAGUCGCGCCUCUUCCGCGGGCCCGAUGCUGCCGCCCUCCGCGCCGCCUUUCAGCGCAAGUUCUACAACAUCUCGCGGAUCAUGGACUGUGUCGGGUGCUCAAAGUGCAGGCUGUGGGGCAAGGUUCAGAUCCGCGGCCUCUCGGUUGCGCUUCGCAUCCUGUUUGGCGACGGUAGCGCGAGCAGUCUUGCCAAGCUCACCCGAAACCAGAUCCUAACCUUUGUAUGGACGCUGCACCGGCUCUCCGAGUCGGUCGCCAUCGUCAACCGCAUGCACGCCCGUCAUGCCCGCGCCACAAGCCUCUGGACCGGCGUGACCGUCCUUGUCCUCGUCGCCGCCGCUGGCUUUGCCACUGCCGUCGUCCGCUGGUUCAUCUGCCGCUCAUCGCGCGCCCGCCCAUCCAAGCUCGCCAAGCAGGACUAG